UGUGUUUGGUUAAAAGUAACGGGGGUGAACAACGACGUUGACAGACUGUCGAAUGUGGCAGAGUUGGUGGACCUGCAGGGAAACGCAGGCAGGAAGGAUAAAAGGAACUAAAAAGUAUUUAUCAGUUAACAAGAAUCCAGAACAUGAUGGGAAGAACACCCAAAACCCACAAUCAAACUAACCAGGGAAGAAACGAUAUACACAAGGACCAAACUAGACACAGGUGAAACUACUACAACAAACAAGCAAACUACAUGCAGACACAACCACACACAGUGGCAGGGUCUUCUCCAGCUCGUACAGGUCAUCUUGCACCUCUUCCAAUGUACUCUCCUCCAGCUCUGCUAUCACAUCCUGAUCCUCUUUCUGUGGCUCUUUGUCGGGCAAGAUCUCCUCCUCCAUCUGGUGAAGAAGAAAAUCUAUUAAUACUGGUAGAACACACCAUUAUUUAUUGUAUUCAUACAGUGGAUGACAGCAACAAGUUCAGUCCUCCAGUGACCCAGUGAGAAAUACGUAAAAGUUGCGAAAGUCGCGAAGAGACUUUGACAGGAACAUCAUGGACUUUUCACAUUUGUUUUCUUCGCUCUUUCUGGCGUUCAUCUUUAUAUCCCAGCACGCAUCUGCAUUUUGGCUGUUCAACGUUAUCUUUCCUCCCAAUGCUAAAUCUCGUCAGGCAAGCAAUAGCACUCCCCCAGUUAUUAUAGUGCCAGGUAACCUGGGAAAUCGUCUGGAUGCCAAGAUUAACAAGCCAACCUUGGUGCACUGGAUGUGCUACAAGAAGACGGAUGACUUUUUCCCCCUUUGGAUAGACCUCAAUAUGUUCAUGCCCAUCGGGAUAGACUGCUGGAUAGACAACAUCAGAAUUGUAUAUAACAAAACAACACGCAGGUCAUCCAAUGCACCUGGAGUUGAGGUGAGAGUGCCUGGUUUUGGAAAAACAUAUCCCAUUGAGUUCCUGGACACCAACAGACUGGCAGGUUAUUUCCACACUAUGGUUCAGCACAUGGUGAAUAUGGGAUAUGUCCGCAAUGAGACUGUCCGUGGAGCUCCCUAUGACUGGAGGGUGGCUCCAAAUGAGAAUGAGGACUACUUUGACCGGCUAAAGGCCCUAGUGGAAGAAAUGUAUGAGGAGUAUCAGCAGCCCAUCUACCUGAUGGGCCACAGCAUGGGCUGCAACUACGUGCUGUACUUUCUCAACCAUCAGCCCCAGGCCUGGAAGGACCGCUACAUCAAGGCCUUUAUCUCCCUGGGGGCCCCCUGGGGCGGAGCUAUCAAAACUCUCAGAGUGAUGGCCUCAGGUGAAAACGACGGCAUCCCAUUGGUGUCCAACAUUAAGAUCCGGGAGGAGCAGCGGAUGACCACGACCAAUUCCUGGAUGCUGCCGACUGAGGAAGCGUGGUCUAAGGACCACGUGUUCAUCUCUACCCCGACCGUCAACUACACCAACCAAAACUACCAGCGAUUCUUCACCGACAUCAACUUCGAGGACGGCUGGCACAUGUGGGAGGACACCAAGAACUUGACGGCAGGUCUGCCGGCGCCCGGAGUGGAGGUCUACUGCUUCUACGGUGUGGGUCUUCCCACGCCUGUCACCUACAUCUAUGACGAGGAGUUCCCCAACGCAGACCCCGUGGACUUCCUCUACGAUGACGGAGACGAUACGGUGGACAGUCGGAGCAUGGGCUUGUGCAAGCGCUGGAUCAACCAACAGGACAAGCCCGUGCAUGUCACUGAGUUCAACGGCAUGCCCCAUCUGGACAUGGUGUUUGAUCACAAGGUGCUCAACUUGAUCCAGCGGAUCCUGGAGGAUAGGUGGACAGAGCCCCUGCCAGAGGAGACCAGCAACUUUAACUCCACGGCUGACAGUAGCGACCCUCCCUUAUCCCCCCCCACCACCCAGGACUAAACCAAGCAGUGGCCUAGCAGCAUUGCCCGGUGUGUUAGGGUGAGGUUAAAGAGUUACAUCCUUAUCCAUUUCAAGAAAAGAGUAGUCAUGUCUACUGUCAGAAAAGAACUGAUGUCAUUGAUCAACUCAUGACGUAGUAUUAAGUGUUAUUGGUUGUCAAAAGGUCAUGAAAUUGUAUGCUAUAAGAUUAUUUAAAAAAAUGAAAAAACAUUGUUUCAGUAUGUGUUGUUCUGCAAUGUGAGGACGUGAUUGUGAUAUGAUUAAAGUGAUUGUGUAUAAAAAAAA